AUGGCCGAACUUCUCACCCGACUGACAUCCGUGUCAUCGCAUUCUCACACCUUAGCUAGCAGCGAGAAAGCUCGGAACAACCAAAUAAAUGAUCUGAUUACAUUUCUCAAGCACCCCAGCAACACAUCUGCUAUCGCAUCGUCCAGUGACUAUAUCUUGAAUAACUUGGACCCUUCCCAGCAUAGCUUGUCUUACCUAUGCGUCCUCCACUUGCACGUGCAAUCGAUUCAAAGAAAGACCAAAACAAUUAUACCUAGCGAACUCUUGCCUGGCGGUACGCUAUGGUUGAAUGCCGUUCAUUUCUUACGACACUUUGAUCCCAUCCAAAUCCGCUAUGCGGGCCUGGAGUGGCGCCAGCUUAUCGAGCUCGUCGCCGAAGCCGCAGAGGUACAAUCCAAGCCACAUUUCGCCGUGUUGGUCAUCAGAGACUCCAUUUCCCGGCUUGGUAUAUCCAAUACAUUCACAUCAGUCCAUCUUUUGUUUGUUAGACUAUCUCUUCUUGCGAAAAUGUACACGCAUGCGCUACCGAUCCUUGAUCGACAAGUGUGUCAUUUUCCCAAUCCCUCCAACCAAGGCUAUCAGCAGUACCGCCAUUUGAUUCUCUGCACGGAGCACGAGCAAAAUACAGCCUUCAUCUCCGAAGCAUCCGGGUUUUCGGCCAAGCUGGCAUAUCGAGACCACCUGAGUUAUUUCCUCUAUGGCGCUAUGGUAUAUAUUGUACUCAAAGAUUGGGACAAGGCGAUUCACUGGUUGAGUAUAGUCAUUUCCUCUCCUGUCACAGGACCCGUUAGCAAGAUCAUGGUGGAGGCAUACAAGAAAUGGCUUCUAGUUAAUUUGCUGGCAAAUGGAAAGCUGGCAUCAGCCCCAUCAGUAGCCUCUUCACACGUGAUGAGAGUUUACGAAGCCCUGGCCAAGCCAUACAUGUCGUUGGCGGAAGCCUUCGAAAAGUGUGAUUUUGAAAAACUCUCCAGAGAAGUCGAACUGGGUCGCUCCAUUUGGCAAAUAGACAACAAUACGGGUCUUGUAGCACAGCUGGUUUCCGCCUUUGAUGAAUUUAUAAUUCUGAAAUUAGGCAGAACGUUUUCUGCUCUCAAGAUGUCCGAUGUAGCCUGGCAUCGAUUUAGCACUGGGAAGCUUUCCUCAAGGGAAACCGAGAACUACGUGGCAUCACUUGUGAUGUCGGGGCGUGUCGGUGCCGUCCUGGUUCAUCUCAGAGACCAGUCAAACCCCACGAUGCUUCGUUUUGCCUCCAAGAGGGGGCAGUCUCUCUACUGGGAACGCCAUCUACAGGCAAAGUUAAGAUGGGAAAGCCACUUGGUGAAAACUAUUGCGGGUGGAAUUGACCAUGGCAAAGCAGAGCUAGGCUUUAGCAACGAGUUUUUCCAAUUCUUGCAUAAGAAUCAAAGAAGUGCUGAUACCCCGGCGAGGGUUUCAUUUGUUGCUGAAAAUGAAGCCGAUCAUAUUCAUGGUGAUGAGGACAUUAUGGACGACCUGCAUUAA